AUGGGCAAGGGAGAGGGCUCGUAUGGGGUGGUGUUGCAACAAGACGGUAUUUUGGUGUCUCGCGGUGGUGGGGAGAAGGAAGGAGGAAGAAGACUAGAUCAUAGGAGCAAGGCUCAGCCUCAAUCUGCAGUUCCCAUUGAUAUCGCCAACCCCGAGCCCCCUCGAGCUGCACUCUCAAGCCUUUCUUCAUAUCCUCUCGCCCCAUCUCCUCCAUCUCUUGCCCCAGGGCUAGGGCCUUAG